AGCUGGCUUCCUAGAGGGGAAGGGUGAAAGAGAUAGAAAGUCAUUCCUAUUGUGGUAGAGUUCAAGGAACAGAGCUGGCUUCUAGAGGGGGAGAGAGGAGUUUAGUCCUCCAGAGCAAAUCCACUUUUGUUGCUUCCCCUCUGAAAGAUCAGCUGUUCUUCUGCCUCCCCCCUUUCUCCCCUUACUCCUCCAAUUGUGGAGUUGUCUGUCUUUGUUGCUCUUGGUGUGUGGAUGCAGCAAAAAUAUUUGCAGCAGAGGCAUAACGUAAAACAACAGACUUUAUAAAGUACAAUACAGGAGUUCUGGAAGAGCUGCAUGGAGAGCCUUUGAAUGGGGAAAGAAGAGUCAGUAGUGCUUUGACUCCAUUGGAGAAUUAAUUGAUUGGAGCUUUUAAAAUAUAAAUAUAAAAUAUAAAUAUAAAUUAAGUAAGGAUCAAAGAUGUAUGAGGAAGACUCCAUUGGCCCUGAAGAAGACAAAAACUCUGAUACCAUCAAGAAUGAGGAAAGUGAGGAAUUCUGGGAAGAAAAGAUGCAGACGUUCCUGGGAGAAGACAUUGUUAACUUGGACACAGAGCGACAACGCUUCAGGCAGUUGUCUUAUGAGGAGGCCGAGGGACCCCGAGAGGUUUGCAGCCUUCUUCAUGAUCUCUGCCGGCAGUGGCUGAAGCCAGAGAAACAGACCAAAAAUCAGAUCCUGGACCUGGUGGUCCUGGAGCAGUUCCUGAGCAUCUUGCCCCCGGAGAUGGAGAGCUGGGUCAGGGAAUGUGGGGCAGAGACCUCUUGUCAGGCAGUGGCCCUGGCAGAAGGUUUUCUCCUGAGUAAGAAAGAGGACAAGAAGUGGAAAGAGGAGCAGGUGAGAGCAUUUUGGAAACAGGACACCCGCUCCGUCCAGGGAGUUUCAUGA